AUGACCAUUGCUACAUUGCCAGAGGGUGAUUUUCAGCAUUCACAAGAUGCAAUAGCCAAUGUAGAUAAAGCAGCCUUCUACACGCUGGAUUUUGAGCAACUCGCCAUCAAAGAAGCCACUGAGAAUGCCGCUCAAGUGAAUAACAGCUCGCCAUCAAAGAGUAUGUAUACGAAUUCCACGAUUGUACAGAAGCCAGACGAAGUUCGAUCCAGCGUCACCUCCAAUACGCAAAGAGAGAGUUCAGAUAAUAGCAUCCCAGCCAUCGGAACACCCACUUUGGUUCAUGAUUCCCCACAUCAAUCGCCCUCCUUGCAACAUGCUAGACCUGUUCAGCAGCAACUACAACCACAACCACCACCACCACCACCACCACCACAGCAACUUUCGCCAUCUGCUCAGCAUGUAAGACCCAUGAGUUACUCGCCUCAAUUCCAAGAUGCGAGACUGCAGCACUCUCCUUCCAUGCAAGCAAGACCUGCGUACAAUUAUAACAGCAAUCCUGUGAAUAGACAACCUUCCACCAUGUAUCAUCCUCACCAGCAGCAGCCAUCACCUCCACAGGCUCAAUUCCAAUAUAGGCAAGGUGCACCAUUACCGCCACAAUCCAAUAUGAUGUCACAUCAAGGUAUGCCACCUCCAUCAUCCGUGUCGCCUCAACAGCACAUGAGCUACAAUAGGCCUCCACCACCGCCAUCACACACCUAUUACCAAAACUAUGGUCCCAUGAGGCCAAUGAUGCAACCACCACGUCCACCUCAACACCCACAUCAUAAUUACAAUGGUGGGCCGCCUUCCAUUGCACCCACGGACAACAGUUAUUUGGCUGACAGCUCACUAUCCGUUGCCAAUUCAGCUGGCAAGCGACCCAAGAAGAGUCAGUUUCCUCCUGCCACCAAAGAGAACCUAGAGAUGUUUCGUAACGAGGCAAGAAAUGGAGAUCCACGAGCCACCUUGGAUCUUGCCAAAUUUCUACUCGAAGCAGCUAAUCAAUUAUGCAUGGAUGAGCAAGAUCCCAAAAGAACAAAGAAGGCACGUGAAAACAUGAUUAUGGAAGCACAGAAAAUUGUCAAGAAAUUAGCCACUCAUUCAGGCAUGGGAAAGCAAGGCUAUCCAGAGGCUCAAUUCUUCCUCGCCAACUGCUAUGGCACAGGCAGCAUGGGCCUGCAGACGGAUCCAGAAAAGGCGUUCGCACUGUACAUACAAGGCUCAAAACAGAGUCAUCCUGGCUGUACGUUUCGAGCAGCUGUAUGUUAUGAGGUCGGUGCUGGCACCAAGAGAGACAAGAACCAUGCCAUACAAUUCUAUAGAAAGGCUGCUAAUUUGGGUGAUAAUGUGGCCAUGUACAAGCUGGGCAUGAUCCUGCUCAAGGGGUUCCUGGGCCAGCCAAAGAAUCCCAGAGAAGGCAUCUCUUGGUUGAAGCGCGCGUCUCAAGAAGCAGACGAGGAUCACCCGCAUGCAUUGCAUGAACUUGGUUUGGCGUAUGAAAAGGAAGGCAUCCCCUCUGUCAUUCCUGAUCUCAACUAUGCAAGAGAGCUGUUCACGCAAGCUGCUCAGUACGGCUAUGCUCCAUCCCAAUUCAAGCUCGGUUUGGCCUACGAGAAUGGCUUCCUCAAUUGCCCUGUGGAUCCUCGUCGCUCCAUUGCAUGGUAUUCUAAGGCUGCUGAGCAAGGCGAUGUGGAAGCGGAAUUUGCGCUCUCUGGAUGGUACCUGACUGGCGCUGAAGGUGUGUUGCCUCAGAGCGAUAACGAAGCGUAUCUAUGGGCUCGCAAGGCAGCUGAUCGUGGUAAUGCAAAGGCAGAGUAUGCAGUGGGAUAUUACACGGAGACUGGCACUGGUGUGCGCCAGAACCUGGAUGAAGCCAAGCGGUGGUAUAUGCGAGCAGCAGCACAGAAUUACCGCAGAGCAAUGCAACGUUUGACAGAGCUAAAAUACGGCGGUGCUCGCCCUCAACAAAGACGUAAACACACGCGUGAUGAAAAGAACACUUCUUCUAAUUCAAAGGAUUCUGAAUGUACAAUCAUGUAA